AUGCCCGUCCUGUCGAUGGAACUCAGAGGCUCCGGCACACAGACGGACGCUAUCGUCCUCGACUCGGAUGAUGAGGCAAUUGCUCCAAUAGCCGUAUACAAUUCGACCAGAGCCACGCCAGCCGCCGAUAACUCCGACGAAGAUAUUAACGACUGGGUUGACUCGUGGUAUAAUCACCUCUUGUCCCCUGUGCCGGUACCUACCGAACGCCCUGCGCCAGUUUCGAAUCUUCAGUCGAAUCUAUCGGGGCUGAGCCUGAGGGAAACGGUGCCACCGGAGCGGCCUACCAUCCCGCGAGGUCCGAACCCCUUUGAAGGCUACGACUGGUCUCAGGCCGGUAACGUACCUUGGGUGCCUCCUGUGAACGUGCGCAGAGCAAGACCGGCCGAUCGCGGUUACGCCCUCGCUUCCGGCGCAGACAUCUGA